AUGCCUUCAUCUGCGUUGACGAUACUGCCGCUGGCUUUAGUUGCUUUCGUGAUAUAUCACGGCCUCAAGGCUUAUAGCACCUAUCGUAAACUCGCGCACUUCAAGGGUCCCCCACUGGCCGGCUGGACAAGCCUUUGGUUGGCAAAGCAAGCUAUUACGGGCAAUAUGCCCACGGCUCAGAAGGAAGCUUUGCGGAUUUAUGGCUCGCCAGCUCGUAUCGCCCCAAAUUUGCUUGUCACCGAUGACCCGGAGCUUCUGAGGCAUAUGAGUGCGCCACGAUCUAAGUUCACUCGUGGAGGUUGGUACGAUGGUGUGCGACUGGAUCCGAGGAUGAAUAAUAUCUUGUCUGAGCGCGAUGAGAAAAAACACGCUGAGAUGAGAUCAAAAAUGAUAGGCGCAUAUUCGGGAAGAGAGGUCGAAACCCUGGAAUCCGAUAUCGAUGGGGUCCUCGUCAAAGUCCUCGACCUCGUUCGACGCGAAUAUAACGGAACUGUCCUAGAUAUGUCACGGAUUGCCUCUUAUUUCACCCUGGAUGUUUUGAGCCUGAUUGCAUUUGGAGAUUCAUUUGGCUUUGUCGAGGCAAACGCGGACCUGUACGACUUUCACAAGAUUGCGAACCAGUUCUUCGGUGUCCUCGAAUUGAUCGUCAAUCAUGAAAAUCUACGGUCUUUCAUCCAAAGCGGUUUUAUCCAGAAAUUAAUAGCCCCAAAAGGGACGGACAAAGUUGGUCAAGGAGCCAUCAUCGGGAUUGCCCAGAAAGCUGUCGCUGAAAGAUAUCGACCCGAUGCCAAGGUGAAGCGAGAUAUGUUGGGACAUUUCAUUUCCAAAGGUAUGACUCAGGAGCAGGCUGAAGUGGAAUCACAUUUACAGAUCCUUGCUGGGUCGGAUUCUACAGCGAGCGCAUUGCGAAUCACCAUGAUGCUGCUUGUAGCGAACCCUGUGGCAUAUCGGAAACUUGCCCAUGAGAUUGACAGUGCCAUUGUGAAUGGUAACGUCUCGUACCCAGUCAUCAAGUACAGCGAGGCGCUGGAAUUGGAAUAUCUCCAGGCUGUUAUCUGGGAAGGCCUGAGGAUGUAUCCACCCCUUUUUGGUCUCCAGAGUAAACGAUCGCCCCUUGAAGGUGAAACUAUAAACGGAGUUUUCUAUCCUCCUGGAUUAGAAAUCGCUAUUUGCGAUGAAGGUAUCGGACGUCGGAAGGACAUUUUUGGCCAUGAUGCCGAUAUCUUCCGACCUGAGUGGUGGCUUCAUCCAGAUCCGUCCAUUCGGGCGAGAUAUCUCAGACACAUUGAAGUAAUCUUCGGCAGCGGGAGAUUCGUUUGCCUCGGCAAAGAUAUUGCCAUAAUGGAACUCAACAAGGCCAUCGUCGAGUUCUUGAGGAACUUCGACUGGUCAGUCGCAGACCCCAUCAAUGGAGCCAAGUCGAUAGCACAUGGAAUCUGGGUGCAGGAAGACAUGAACUUGGUGGCAUGGCCUCGACAAUAA